AUGACUGUUUGUUCAACUGGUGAUGAUGCAAGUCAACAACAGCAACUUAGUUAUUUACAAUCAUGUGGUUUUGGAGGUUCAUGGCGUUUUACUGGACCACUUAAUGUUUCAAGACAAAAUCCAAAUAAUGUGAAAUUAUUGCUUCAUCAACAGCUGGUUAUCUUAAUGCAAGAUUCAAUUCGCUCACCAACUGAUCGUGGUAGUCAAGCUUUUGAUUUAAAUGCUUCCAAUCGGUGA